CUGUCUGCCUGUGAUCUGCAGCCACAGCAUGCUGCUGAGAGGCUGCACAGGCAGCACAGUGUCAGAAGUCCCUGUUCUUCAGACCGGACUGUCCAGAUGGAGCACCACCUGUCAUCUCAACCCUUGUUGACGCGGUGGUAAAUCCAAUGGCCGCUCCACAUCACAACUGACUCACCUCUUGGGUACUGGACUCCAUUCCUACAGGACUCCCCAGGACAAGCGUCCCCAGGACGCUUAUCACACUCAUCUGUCUGCCCUCCUGUCACCAGUACUCACGUGGAUUCUGGAAAACACAGGCCAGCCCAUCUCAGUUAUCCCUAGCCAGCUGCCUGGAACUCUGUCUCCCCCUCCAAGCCUAGCCUUCAUCCGCCAAAACAGCAUGGCUUUAAACAGCACAGACGACUUUCCCUGAAGCUGAGUGUUUCAGUGUGGCACACACCUUCGUUGUUCUCCGUGCGAUAACAGCAUGCCUCCAUUUACAUGGGCUGUUCACAACCUGCUGUGCAGGUGUCUCAGCAUCCCCAUCUCUGUGUGGUUCACUCUCCUGUGUCUCUUUAUCAUUGUGCCAGCUGUACUCGGAGGCUGUUUUAGUAUCCGCAACUUGUAUUUGAGGACACUUCUCAAGAUAUUUGAGUGGGCAACCUUACGAAUGGAAAUGAGAGCAAAAGAAAAAAAUCAGCAACUCUACAAAACAUAUACAAAUGGUAUCAUAGCCAAAGAAUCACCGGCAUCUUUGCAGCAGGAGAUCCAGGGUUCUGCCAGCUGUCUGUGCUCAGAUCAUGAGUUUGAUAUGGCUGAUAUCUUCUACUUUUGCCGAAGGGGCGUGGAGAGCAUAGUAGAUGAUGAAGUGACCAAGCGAUUUUCAGCCCAGGAACUUGAGACCUGGAAUCUGCUGACUCGGAGCAACUACAACUUCCAUCACAUAAAUAUGAGACUUACACUCCUGUGGGGGCUGGGACUUCUCACCCGCUAUGGCAUCCUGCUGCCUCUCAGGGUUACUCUUGCAGUCACUGGCAUUAGUCUCUUCCUAUUCCUGACCACCUUAGUGGGGUUUUUACCAAACGCAGCGUUAAGAUCCUACCUCAGUGAGAAGGUUCACAUGAUGGGCUAUCGCAUGUGUGUAAGCUCUCUCACGGCAAUCAUCACCUAUCAUGACAGAGAAAACAAACCAAAGAAUGGUGGUAUAUGUGUGGCCAAUCACACGACACCCAUUGACGUGAUAAUCUUGGCCUGUGAUCGCUGCUACUCUUUGGUUGGACAGAUGCAUCGUGGGUUGCUGGGGAUGAUCCAAAGAGGAAUGGUCAAAUCCUCCCCGCACAUCUGGUUUGACAGAUCAGAAGUCAAAGACAGACACCUAGUGGCCAAGAGGCUUAGUGAUCAUGUGGCUGAUAAAACCAAACAGCCCAUCCUCAUCUUCCCUGAGGGUACUUGUAUUAACAACACAUCAGUGAUGAUGUUCAAAAAGGGCAGCUUUGAAAUUGGCUGCACUAUUUAUCCCGUUGCCAUUAAGUAUGACCCUCGCUUCGGUGAUGCUUUCUGGAACAGCAGUAAGUGUGGCCUGGUGCGGUAUCUUCUCAGUAUGAUGAGCAGCUGGGCCAUCGUAUGCAGCGUUUGGUACCUGCCACCUAUGGACAGAGAGGAAGGAGAGGAUGCAGUACAGUUUGCCAAUAGAGUGAAAGCCGCCAUAGCUGCUCGAGGCGGAUUAGUGGAUCUUAUCUGGGAUGGUGGACUGAAACGAGCCAAAGUGAACAAUGCUUUUAAAGAAGAGCUGCAGAAACUUUACAGCAAAGUUCUUGUAGGUGACCAUGAAGACCAAAGUGAAAGGAUGGAAACCCAGAUAAAAAAAAGAUUCAACCACAAGACAAUGAGGACACAGUGAAUGUAUGUUAUCACUGCAGAGUUUUACUUCUUAAAGAACAUUUUACAUAAGGUGAAUGUAAAGUACCACAAGCAGCAAUUUGUACACUUAAUAUGUGCUUUGUUGGGUACAACUUUCUAGUACUGGGCUGGACCCUCUUUCGCUGUGGUCCAAAAUGUGCCAAGAAAAUAUUCCCCACACUGUUACACCAUCACCAUCAGCCUGAACCGCUGGUAAAACGCAAUAUGGAUCCAUGCUUUGAUAUUGUUUACACCAAAUUACAACCCUGCCAUCAGCAGAAAUCGAGACUCAUCAAACAGGCAAUGUUUUUCCAAUCUUCUGUUUUCCAAUUUUGCUGUGCACUCAGGGACGCUCUUCUCCGUACCUUUGUUGUGAUGUGUGAUUGUUUAACUUCAAAGGCCAUUCUUUUUUGACCUCUGGCAUCACCAAAGCAUUUUUACCCAGAGAACUGCUGCUCACUGGAUAUUUUUUGUUUUUGGACCAUUCUCUGCAAACCCUGAGAUGGUUUAGCAGUAAAUCCUAGCAGAUCAUAAGCUUCUGAAAUAUUCGGACUAGCCCAUCUGGCACCAACAACCAUGCCACAAUCAGAGUCACUUAAAUUGUCUUCCUUCCUCAUUGUGACACUCAUUUCAAACUUCAGCAGAUCUUGUACAUAGACCAUGUACAUACUACUAAAUGCAUAGGCUUGUUGCCCUGUGACUAGAUGAUUAGAUAUUUGCUGUAACAAUGAGUUACACUGUUAUUUCUACCAGGCUGUAGACCAAAGAAAAUGAUUUUAUGCAUCUAUCUAUAUUGCUUUGUAUCCAAGGUCAGUCUAAAUGUAUUUAAAGUUGUACUUUAUUAACUUUUCUCUUCUUUAACUGUUUGCCUUUAGGCCAAAACCUGAACAUCUCUGCAACCGUUUCGUGGACACGUGAGCUUGUUGUUGUAGUAUCUGAUUAAAACAUUCUCCUCUGACUGCAACAAGUGUUUACUACUAAAGCUGUUACAUCACAGCCAGACACUUUGGCAGUGCUAGCUCAUGUGCGUCACAGUACUAAUUGGCUCAAGUGUCUAUAUGUGACUUUGAUCUUUGCUGAAUUUUGUCCAUGAAAAGGAAAGCGAGAUCACACUUUUUCAGGGCUGCUCCACCGUUUAAGCCUUAAUAAUGAAGAGCUUCAGUUUACUUGUCCUUGACUAUUACAGCAGACUUUCCUCUACAAAGUAAAUAAGCCACAUUUUGCUUUAAAGUUUGUUCCCUUCCUCAAACAGCAGGAGUCAGUAUUUGAGCAGCAAUUUGUGACAUGGCAAUUCAUUUACCUUCAUCAACAAACAUCUAAAUUGCUCUAUGGACUCGUUUAGAUAGCAGUGACAAAAUAACAAACAAACAUACAUUUACCGUGCCUAUGCAAGCGUAUUCAAGGUCAUAUGUAUAGAGGAAAAAGCAUGCAAGGAACCAGCUCUGAAACUGGGGGAAAACAGACCUGAGAAAUAUCAUCUCACAUUCGUGGUUUUUCGGAGACUUACAACCUUGAUCUGUAGGUUUGAUGUAAUCCAUGAAGACACUGGCACUUCAAUUUAAUUACAAUUCAGCAGAGCUGAAGGUGACACUGAAUCCAACCAAAUGAACCCUGUCAUAUGUGGCUUGUCGGGUAUCCCAUCCCCUCUCCAACUGACAGAAUCAUUAGAGCAGAGGUAUCAGAUUUUAGACAUUAGUGGCAUAGCUGCUAAGGAAGGAGGAUUUUUUUUAGUUUUAAAUUAUGACACAAUUUGGAGCUAGUCUAGAAAUACAAACAUAUAGAGCCAGAUUAUUAUUUAAAUGCAUGCACCGUAAAUACAUCGAGGAAUAAUAAAAUCUUUUACAUUCAGUCCUGGUGUUAUUUGGGCUCAUUCGGUAUGCGAUGACGCUGAUGCAGUCUGACAGGUACAAACAA